AUGAUGCCUGGUCAAAAAACAUUACCCUCGGACGAUUGGAAAGAUCAAAACAAGCAAUUGGUGCCCAGUACCAGUUCAAACUCUGUAGCUCGUAGGCCUAGUCAAAGACACGGUAUGCCUUGGACAGAUCGUCAAUCAAAACUUCAGAUCGAUAAUAAUGCUGAGCCUCCUCCCACGUUUACUGCUGCUCCCAAGAAAAUAUCUAUAAAGCAUGUUCGUGAUAAUAAACAUCAAAAGUACAUCCAACGCAUGGAUAAUGGCAUUGACCCUGUUGUACUCUUGACUGACAGGAUGGAGUCAUGGCAUUCUGCUAUUAAAAGUUUGGUUUCUCUUUUUAAGAAAUUGGUGGUGGUCGAGAACAAAACUGCCAAAAACUUGGUAAAUGCUAGCAAGGAAAUCGUUUUGCCCUUUCCAAAAUCCAAUGGUCAAUUCCUCGAGACAGGUGCUGGUGGUAUUCAAGAUGUCUGGGGCUCACUUCGAGACUAUACGCUUCAACACGGUAUUCUCCAUCAUGAAUCUGCAGGCUAUAUUGAAAAGGCUGUCAUUCCUGCUUUGCGUGCUAUCAAGGCAGAUAUCAGAACGAUGAUUAUCUCUGUUCAAAAAGACAAGAACCUCAAGACAACACUCAUUUUUGAAAGUCGUAUACAAGUCGAUCGCUUAAUUUCUCGUCUCGACAAGGUCAUUGAACAUGUCUAUCGCGCUCCUUUACAAGCAGAACAAUACACGGAUCCUUUUUUGAUUAAUUUGGGUAUUGUUCAUGCUGUUCGUGAGCUCUGUGACCAUGAAAACCGUCUUCAUGACAAUAUUUUCUCUCUUCAAAAGGAAACAGGCAUGUUUGAACAAAAGAUCAUUGAAAACAUUCGUUACGUUCUUUUGAAGCUUCAAGAAUACAAAAUGAAGCACAAGAUGGAAGCACCUGAAUACAUUGAUCAAGUCAUUGAAAGCUUUGAUUAUGUCAAGCCAUCUAUGGAAUGGAAUGAAUUUGUUCGCCGCAACCAAUACAAUCUCAUCAUGGAAAACUCUGCUUACAAGACUGAAAACAUGGUUGAAUACCCCAACCAAGAUAGUAAGUUUGUUCGGGCUAUCAAGAUUGGUCCUCUUGAACAGAGGACGGGUACUAUAAAACGUUGGACAGAAGGUGUUUAUUUGUUGACUCCAGCUGGCUUCUUACAUGGUUACAAGACUCCUAAACAUUUCCAACAAAACCCUCUUCGUCCUUCUUACUCUAUCUUUGUCCCUCAUAUAAGCGUUGAAUACGAGGAUGAUGAUGAUGUUUUCGAACUGCGCGGUAGUGACAGACGCUCUUCCAUGGGUUUAGGAACGCAUUACGUCUUCCGUGCAAACAACCCUCGUGAAGCCCAAGAAUGGUCGGAAGCUCUUCUUCGCAUUAACGAUCAAUUCAGACCCAUGCCUUUAUUGGAAGCUGCUCCCGCUGGUUUCUCUUCUAACAAAACAUCUGCUCCUGUCCAUCGCGACUUGCCUCCUUUGCCCGAGAGUACUUUACCUUUAGCUGGCCAAAGUGACAGAAAGAAGGAGAAGAUGCGAGCUAUUGAAGGCCCAGGUCGUCGUGGCUUAGGUACUGUUAAUGAAGAUCAUGAUGAGGAAGGCCAUAAUAGCAAGCCAUUACCUCACAAAUCUACAGUUCCCGGUGGAAGUCAAUUUAUUGGAGAACAACAAUAUCAACAUCAACUGGCUGAUCCUGCUACUCCUGUUACGCCUGCUCAAGCCCUGAAUGGUCAAAAAUUCGAUAAAAGACCUGCUCAAGAACAAAAAGACCUUCCAAUGAUGCAAGGCAAUGAAGUGCAAAACAGUUCCUUUCAUAAUGAUCCAAACCUUGAAGAUGACCAAAGCAUUCAUUCCAAAACUGAAGGUGAAGAACAACAUUCUUCUCGAAUGGAAAAAAAUCCUUUGCAAGGCGAUCACUUUUCUCCUAUCCACCAUGCUUCUUCUCAAAAGCAAGGAUCUUCUCUAGCUUUCUAA